AUGCAGGCUAUGAGCCUGAUGACCUCGGCCAAGGCGACCCGGAGCCUCUCGGGAGUGCUCUCGAGGCCUCGACCUCCGGCCCCUGGCAUCUUUCCCUUCACGGUGCGCACCAGAGGGAAGAGGUUGCGAUUGGAGGCGGAGGUGGAGGCGGAAGCCUUCCAAUGGAUAGCCAUGCUGAAUGCGGCGCAUCGCGUAGGAGAGGAUGUCGAUUUGCUGUGCUCCUCGUCUUGGCUUCCAGACGCCCCGGCGCACAGCCCCAACUCCAGAUCGCCGAGGUCCGAGCCGGGAAAGGCACCAUCUGUGACGUCGGUAGAGGCCUCUCAGAUGUCCACAACCGCAGAUGCAGAUGAGAAUUCCUCCGAGCUGGGACUGCCGUCGCCGAACUCCAAAGCAUGGUCUGAGACGGGCUGCGAGGCGCAGAAGCGAGUUUCGUGUGAUGGGUUGCGGAUGCUGUUUAUGCUUCUGGCCAUUUAG